ACGUGGUACGUGCAAACAUCCGGUUUUCAGGAAAUGGAAACAGAAUUGCAACAAUGCUUUAACACACAAUUUUGACGCAGGGAGUCUUUCCAAAUCGCAAUGAUGUUUUCUUCCAUGGUUUCCAUACUGUUGAAAUCUAAAGGUACGUCAUGUGGUCACGUUAAGGUUUUAGAUAGCAGGUUUCUGUUUUGGUUAUAACUUAUCUUUGUCUCUAAACAGAUGGAGGUUGGCAGUCUUGUCUUAAGCAAGGAGGACAUUUCUUCACUGUCUCCUGAGCAAACGACCGGGCCUAAGUACAAAGUAGGCUAUUGAAAAGGUUAGGUUGUUUACUGCAUGUGGCCAUUAUCUCAUGUUCAACAAAUUCAUUGUUUUUUGUUCAGGAUCUAAGAAGCCAGUUUUCCUCUGUGAGACAAAUCCGUGGAGACGGAAAUUGCUUCUACAGAGCCCUCUUCUUUGCGCACUUGGAGUCAGUCCUACACAAUAACAGGGCUCUGCAGAGGUCAGUCAUCGUCUGUACAGCCUUCUGUCCAAACUCAAGCUACUACUAAUAUGGACUAACUCUUAAUUUCUCCUUCAGAAUAAAGGAGACAAUCAUUCAAACCAGCGUAGACUUCGCCUCUGCGGGAUUCGAUGACAGUUCAUUUAAGCAGCAUCUGAACACAGUAAAUAAGGCCUCUUCCUUCACAUUUCACUUUGAUUUGAGGCGUUUAGCCAAAAUCCACAUAGCCUACUAAAUUAUUGUUAGAUAAGAACUGUUUUCAAUUUGGGAAAAAAAUAAAAAUAAAUAAUAAUAAUAAUAAUAAUAAUAAUAAUAUUAUUAUAUAGUAAUUAUGAAAUACUGGGAAGUAAGACUGAACAGUUUAUCACUUAAUAAUUGUCCAGCAAAUAAGGCCAAUAUAGCAAAGUGGCUUAAUAAUGGUUAAAAAAAACCCAUUCUCUGUCAGUGAAGGCUUUUUUAUCCAGAUAGUGAUUUCUUUGGUAAAAUACAGCAAGUUAUCACCAUCUGGAUGUACUAAUAAAUCUGUGAAAACAUAAAUGUAGUUCUAAUCUUCUACAGUUUUGGUUUGUAGGGCAUAAUGUGGGAAGCAUUUCAAUCUCACUUGUAGAGCUAGAGGUUUUCUUUUUUUUUUUUAUUGUGUUGUGAAAAAUACCAAAUUUUACCUGUUCUCUCAUAGGUUGUUCAUGUUGUGGAGCAGUGCCAGGCUGAUGUGCAGGAGGACCAGCUGCUGCAGCUCUUCAAUGAGCAGACUACCUCUGAUAGCGUGGUGCAGUAUCUCAGGCUGCUCACUUCAGCACACCUGCAGAACCAUGCAGACUUCUUCUGCAACUUUGUAGAGGCACCAAACCUACAAGUCUACUGUCAGCAAGUUAGUAACAAAGUAUUGCUGCCAUCUAGUGGAAAAAAAAGACCUAAAUCUAUGGUCAAAGACUUUGGGAAUUAAAUUGACUAAGUGUUAAACUUUCAAGUUUGGUACUGUCCCUGUUCUCUUCAUGCAGGAGGUGGAGGCCAUGGCGAUGGAGAGUGAUCAUGUGGAGAUCUUGGCUCUUUCACAGGCUCUAGAUAUCUGCAUCCAUAUUGUCUCCAUGGAGGGAGAUGAGCAGCAGUUGGCCCAUCACAUCAUUCCAGAGGGAGCCGAACCUUCGGUGCACCUCCUGUACCAGACGUCUCACUACAACAUCCUCUACCCAAGACUGCAACACUGACUGGUCGUCCACAUGAACAGAGCUCUACUCAGGGACACUGACUUUAUGUAAAAAAUUCAAAAUGAGCUCUUAGACUCUAGUGAAAGCAGAUUUUUAUAAAAUCUUGAAGCGUACAGCAAUUUGACAACAUUUUUAUACAUUUUGCAAUUAAAUUUCAAUUAAUCAAA